UACCACAUUCAGUCGCGCUCUCAUACCACCUCGCUUGCUUCUUACCGUUGAGCUCGCCACAGCUGCUCAAUAACAUCUGCUCGCCACAAUCAUCCCGCAUCCUAUAUCCACGCACUCUCGGUGUUGAUCACCCUCCCCGACUAGCCACACACCCAACACUAGCCACCCAACUCAAACACAAUGACUCCCCUCUUCGCGAAGUUCAUCCACCCCCGGAGCUCCAGCCGCUCCACCUCGCGGCGCACCUCGAUGGACUCCUUCGAUUCCACCUCGAGCUACGUGAUCUCCAUCGAGCUCCCCUCCACCCGCUCGACACGGCGCACCUCGUUCUCGCCGAGCUUCAGCUCCGCGACGUCGAGCAGCGCGUCCGACUCCGCCGAGAUGAUGGACGACGAGAACCUCGCGUGGGGGCGCCCCGCGCGCAAGCACCGCUCCAAGUUUGGGCUCGGAUGGGGGCGCGCGUAAAUGCCGCGAUCUCACCUUAAAGUUGAAACACCCAUCCACCCUGCAUCCUAACCCCGCGACUGCGUCCACGCCUGCCAGCUGGUGCUUGCGCCAUGGCGACCCCGGUGGUUUUACGCCGCCUGUUACCCCCUUUUGCUUCACUUCACGAACUGUACAUGUUUAAUGCCGGAUCGCUCGAAAGUUUAAUGGUGUACUGUACGCUUAGCACGAAGUAGUUACGACGACCCUGUAUUAC